AUGAGAACGGUGAAAGCAAUAACGUACGACUCCUUCGGGGGCCCCGACGUGCUCAAAGUCGGCGAACGCGAUCUUGGGGAGCUGCGGCCGAAAGAUGUUAGAAUUAAAGUAGCGUAUUCUGCGCUCAACAGAGCAGAUCUUUUGCAAGUCGCAGGUCGAUAUCCCAAUCAGAAAGCACCACUUCCUCUUGGGCUUGAAGCAGCUGGGGAGAUUGAGUCUGUAGGAGAGAAUGUCGAGGGACUGAAACUCCUGCACUGGGUGGGAACGACACAAGAGGGAGCUAAAGUGUUAAUUCACGGCGCAGGCUCUGGUGUUGGGACGAGCGCGAUUCAGCUCGCUAAACUGAACAAGAACAACAUUUACGCGACUGCGGGUGCUGAGUCCAAAUUGGAGAAAGCCACAGAGCUCGGGGCCGCGAAAACCCUCAAUUACAAAGAGAAUGAUUUUGGAGAGCAGUGGGCCGCGGAGAAAAUUGAUGUCAUUCUCGAUUGCGUUGGGGGUGAUUACUGGAAGAAAAACAUGAAGGUCCUUGGAAUGGACGGUGUCGUUGUUCUGUAUGGUCUUAUGGGUGGAGUGAAUGUGGAUGGCCCUCUGCUGGCAAUGAUUUUGGGGAAACGAGCACAAAUCAGAGGAACAACACUCAUGAGUCGCUCAGAGGAUUAUAAGACGAAGUUAGUUUGUGAAUUUUGGAAUGCAACGAACACCCAUUUUGUCAACGGCUCCAUCUCUCCCGUGAUCGAUUCUGUCUACGACAUGACUAGGGUCUACGCGCAAAAAAUGGGCUACCUCUUCCGCUUAUUUUCACGGAAAUCCAAUUGUACCAUAUUUUAG